AUGAUCAAGGAUCAAGGUAGUCAGGAUCAAAGCAUCAAAGCAUCAAAACAGCUACAGUCCACUGAGUCCAGUAGUCUACUAACUAGUCUUGUAGUCUACACUGUUGCAGCUGGAGCUCCUUUUGAUAUUGUAACCACAAUUUUGAAUAUGAAAAGAACUGUGUCAACUAGGAGUGACUUGGAUGACAGUGAAGAGGCUUCUAGGAGUAGCACUUCAGCUAGCAAGAGAUGGAGUGGAGCUGCAAUUUAUAAAACUAAGUUUCAGGAAUCCUGGAUAAAGAAAUGGCCAUUUGUACAACCAGGAGAAGCGGAUAUUGUUAGGCAUUCCUCUUCAGAGCAACAUAAAUCAAAUGCUAAAAGCCUUAGAGCUAAUACCAAGCUCAACUUCCAGCCAGUAAACCAAGAAUUAACAGAGCAGAUCACUAGAGCUGAGGUCAAAGUGACAAAUUUACUUGUCCAACAUAAUGUCCCUUUGGCAGUGACUGAUCAUCUAAGUCCACUUUUCAGAGAGAUCUUCACAGACAGCAAAAUAGCCAAGGGUUACGCUUCAGCUCGUACAAAGACCACAUGUAUCCUUAAUGGCUCAUUAGCACCACACUUCAAGGCUACUCUAGUUGACACUAUGAGGUGUAGUCCAUUCUCUGUUGCAAUCGAUGGAUCAAAUGAUAAUGGCCUUGAAAAGAUGAAUCCCCUUACAGUUAGAUUUUUUGAUGAAGGGAGUGGUCUUGUUGUGACUAAUCUUCUGGACAUGUGUCUUACUACAGGUGUUGAUGCAGGCAAGGCAGAGUCAAUAUUCACUAAAAUGAAUGAGGUCUUUACCAAUAAUGGUGUGUCUUGGGACCAUUGCAUUGGUGCAGGAGUCGAUAACACCUCAGUCAACCUUGGAGUGAGAAACUCCAUAAGGACUAGAGUACUACAGAAAAACCCUAAUACUUAUUUUAUGGGUUGUCCUUGCCACAUAGUCCACAAUACUGCACUUAAAGCUUCCUCCAAGUUUGCAGAGCUUACCAAGUUUGAUGUUGAAGACCUACUUGUUGAUAAUUACUUUUAUUUCGAUAAAAGUACUGAAAGGAAGAACGGCCUAGCCGAAUUUUGUACUUUCUGUGACAGCCAAUACAAGGGUCUUAUUAAACAUGUCAAUACUCGAUGGCUAAGCUUAAGCACAGCUGUUGAGUGA